CGUUACUGCAUUGGAAAAUAAUGCACCUGCUCAUCGAACUAUUUAUUUAUAUUUUUGUUAAAGGGAAAUGAAGUUUUCUUCACCAGUAAAUGUCAUCUUCUUGAUGAAAGAUUGUUGAAGCAUCAUAAAAAAAUCUGGAUAGUGUCACAGCGUGCACAGUUUUAUAAGAAAUAAGUUUCAUAAAGCUAUAAAAAUUGGAGCACUUUGCCUAGAUAUAUAAUGUUUACAAAUCUCUAUAAGACAAUUGGUAGACAACCUCAAUAUGGCAGAGCAACCACCUUUACCUAAGAGAAUUGACAGUCUUUCUGAGAAGUUGGUACCACCUAUUCCACCAAAGCCAGUCUCCAGAUCACCCUCAAAGCGGUUGAACAAAAUGGCCACAUCAGAAAAUCUUGCUGCUGACUCAGCAAUGUCUCAAAAUUUUGAUGCCAAACAUCACUACAAGUCUUGUUUUAAAACAUUUCAAGAAUUUUAUAAAAAUGGCGAUUUGUUUGAUAUAGAAUUAAAAGUUGGAGAUACGAAAUUUAAAUGUCAUAAAAUUGUGAUAUCAUGUGUCAGUGAGUACUUCAGAGUCAUGUUUAUGUCAGAAAUGUCUGAAAGUCGACAAAAAGUUGUCACUAUUCAUGAUAUAGAGGAAAGUGCAAUGUCAAAACUUAUAAAUUUUGCCUAUACUGGGAAAAUAACAUUUACAAUAGAAACAGUGCAGCCUAUUCUGUAUGCUGCUUCCAUACUGCAGAUAAAUACUGUUAUUGAAGCAUGCUGUCAGUUCAUGGAGAAUCAUCUUCACCCUACUAAUUGUAUCGAUGUACACAAUUUUGCCGAACAGCACAAUCACGCAGAACUAAUGAAAAUGGCGGACCAUUACAUUCUUGACAACUUCAAUGAUGUUGUUGAAACUGACGAAUUCAAAGACAUGUCAUUCAAUCAUCUUGAAUGUCUUGUGAAAUCUCAAGACCUAAAUGUUACAGAUGAAACACAAGUUUAUGAAGCUGUCCUUAAGUGGGUCAAAGAAGAUCCAGAAAGCCGUAGAGAUAAUAUGUCCAAAUUGUUAUCGCAUAUAAAACUAGCGUUGUUGAGUCCAACUUACCUUGUGGAGAAUGUUGCCAGUGAAGAAUUAGUGAAGAAAGAUUUAGAUUGUAGAGAUUUACUUGAUGAUGCUAAAUCUUACCAGAUGUCCUUGGCAAGUCUGGUAUCCAAGGUCAGACCUUCAGAACAGACCAGACCCAGGAAAAGUUGUGCAGGUGUUCUAUUUUGUGUUGGUGGCAGAGGUGCUUCUGGAGAUCCAUUUAAGAGUAUAGAAUGUUAUGAUCCUAGAAAUGACAAAUGGUUUGGUAUCACAGAGAUGAUGAACAGAAGGAGACAUGUGGGUGUUUGCUGGACAGGAGGUCUGUUGUACUCUGUGGGAGGACAUGAUGGAACUAAACAUUUGAAUACUGGGGAAGUAUUUGACCCCAAAACUAACAAAUGGUACAACAUUGCUGCAAUGACUACUCCCAGACGUGGUAUUGCCCUAGCCCCUAUGGGAGGAGCUAUCUAUGCUGUAGGAGGUUUAGAUGACUCCACAUGUUAUGACACAGUAGAGAGAUAUGAUCAUGCCUGUGACAAGUGGACAUUUGUAUGCUCAAUGAAUGUCAGACGAGGUGGAGUUGGAGUCACAUCAUUUAAUGGCCAUCUAUAUGCUGUUGGAGGAAAUGAUGGUACAUCUUCAUUGGACAGAUGUGAGAAGUAUGAUCCAAUCAUGAACAAGUGGAGCAGUAUAGCUAACAUGGAAAGACCCAGGGCUGGUGCUGGUCUCUCAGUUCUAGAGGGAUAUGUAUAUGUUGUUGGUGGAUUUGAUGACAGCUCCCCUUUGAAUACAUGUGAACGAUACAACUGUCAAACAAACAAAUGGGAGAGGAUGGCUGACAUGACAUGUGCUCGUGGAGGAGUGGGUGUGUCUACUAUGGCAGGGAAAGUGUUUGCUGUGGGCGGCCAUGAUGGAUUUAAUUAUCUCAGCUCUGUAGAGGCAUAUGAUCCUAUUAAAGAUAGUUGGACAACAGUUAGCAAUAUACAGCAAUGCAGGGCUGGAGCAGGAUUAGCUUUUAGUGAAUGUUCUCCAAAUCUAUUAAUGAACUCACAAGUGGACACUAUAGAGAAAGAACAAGGGUACUAGGACAAGUUUCUUGUAUUGAGAGUGACAUAUUCUGUAAUGCAGCUGAUUAAGUUCUAACAAGCUUGCUCUUUGUUUGAAAACUCAAAGCUUGUUACUAUUUUGAAGCAUCUCUAUUGUUUAACUGUUAUUUGUAUGUACUUUUGCAUUAUUUUCUAUUUAAUGUGGUAUUUCUUUUGAAAGACCAAACUUUAUUUACUAACAUUGCAUAUGAAGAUUUGUUAUUAACAGGAGAAUCUAUUGAACGUUUUUGAUGUAUUUGAAAGUCAAAUCAUGUUUGCAAAUAUUUUUUGAUUUUGAAUUGUCAGAGGUAUUCAAGAAAGUACUGAGGUUAUGUAUGUAUUUGUUUACAUGUUAACAUGUAUAAGUCUACGCACACAAUCAAUGGGGACUUUAG